CUUUGCUUUUCGAACUUCAUUUACGACACACAGCAUGACCACGCCCCUUUUUAUCGGUAUCGGAAUCGCAGGUGCUGCUUAUGGCACAAAGGUUGCUAUGCGUGCUUGGCAGUUGCAUGGUACUAGAAUCAUGGCUGCCAUUCCUCGGCCUGAUACUAUUGGCGCUGGGAAGUAUUACAAAGGAGGGUUCGAGGCAAAGAUGGAUAGGCGUGAAGCUGCAUUGAUCCUUGGACUCAAAGAGAGUGGACUUAAUUCGUCAAAGUUAAAGGAGGCUCAUCGCCGGAUCAUGUUGCUUAAUCAUCCUGAUCGUGGAGGUUCACCGUUUUUGGCUUCAAAGAUCAACGAGGCCAAGGAUCUAUUGGACAAGAAGUAAAUAUAUAUAUUGCAGGAUUCAUAUCGUGUCAACGACAAGUCUUCAUGCCGCUUCAUCUUCCUCAUUAUUCAUUAUCUCAUUAGAAUAACUCGAUCUUUCCAGCAUUUAAUACUUAUUACUGUUACUCUUAUUAUUAUGAUUAUCAUUGUAGAAUAGCAAAAAAAUAAAUUUCAUCUCUUCUUCC